AUGGGGGCUGCUGCGGAACUGGCGGCCGCCCCGGGGGGUGGGCGGGGACGGCCAGAGCUUGCCGCCUCUCUCGGCCUCCUCCUCGCCCCCCGGCAGCCCCGCCUCCAGGGGGCGCGGUUGCUCCCCAGGCAGAGGAUAUGGGGGGGGGGGGGAGACCAGCGGCGCCAGGACGCCCAGCCAGCAGCCACAGUCGCCAUGCUCAGCCUGCAGGUCCGCGAAAGCCCCUCGACGGCGGGGGGACCUCCGCCCGCGCAGAGCUUCGCCAGCCCAGUCGCCGAGGGGCUCCUGGCCGCCGCCUACCCUUCCUGGCCCGGGGCCCCCCCGCCGGACGCCUCCGCUUCGGGCCGCCGCAGGAGGACCCACUUCACGCCUUGGCAGCUGGCGCAGCUGGAGGCGGCCUUCCGCCGGGACCCCUACCCAGGCAUCGAGGCCCGCGAGCACCUGGCCGCCCAGAACGGCUUACCCGAAGCCCGGAUCCAGGUUUGGUUCCAAAAUCGACGGGCCAAGACUCGGCGCCAGGGGGGGGUCCUCCCGAAGCAGGCCGGGCCUCCUCCCGCCUCCAGCCUCGCCCCGCCCGCGGAGUCGCCUCCUGCACUGCUGCCGCCCGCCCGCUGGGCCCCCGCCGGCCAGGGCCACCCCCGCCCCCGCCCCCACCCCCCAGCCGGGGCCCAGGACGAGGCUUCCCGCCAGCGCCGCUACCUGCUGCCGCCGGACUUAGAUAAAGUGCCGAACUCUUUAAGACCGUCAAUUGGCUGGAAUGAAAAUGCCUCCUUCCGGCAGAAACACAGUCAGAUCGAAUGGUAG